CGGCCAUUCGGAGGUGGAGUGCCGGAGAGGGCACGGGCCGGCUUGAGUAGAUGGGCCGCAGACAGCGCGGCGGCCUGGAGAGCAGGAGGACUCAAAGGACGGAGUCCGUCCGGAGACCCGGAGCGGGAACGCCCGGAAGGGGCGGGGCUUGCCCACCGUAUCGGAAGGCCCGGAUGGGGAAGCGACUGGGCGGGCCAGAGUUCAGCUGAGUGGGCGUGGCCGUCGCGGUGCGGUCUGGGGGCGGGGCCUCCAGGCCGCCGGGGCCGGGCUGCAGGGGGCGAGGCUGCGGGGCCCGGGCCUGGGGCUGCGAGGUGCACACCCGGCGGGGAGCCGCGACGGCAGGCCGGGCUCUGCCGCGGCCUCACCCGUGCUCUCUCCCCCCUCGCGCCGCCGGCCCUAGAUCCAAGGCCCCCUGAGCCUCCCGAGCUCUGCCCUCGGAUGUCCGACCGCCCAGAGCCUGCAUGCGCCGUGGGGCGCCCCAGGACCAGGAGCUGGUGGGUCCCGGGGCCCCUGGGCGGGGGCCGCGGGGCUCCCCUUCCUCCCCAGGACCCGUCGUCCCGGUGCUCGUCUUUCCUCCGGAUCUAGUAUUCAGGGCGGACCAAAGGAGUGGACCCCGGCAGCUGCUGACCCUCUACAACCCCACGGGAACCGCGCUUCGCUUCCGAGUUCUGUGUACAGCGCCCGCCAAGUACACGGUGUUCGAUGCGGAAGGCUACGUGAAGCCGCAGUCUUGCAUUGACAUUGUGAUACGGCACGUGGCCCCCGUCCCCAGCCACUAUGAUGUCCAGGACCGAUUCCGAAUUGAGCUGUCAGAGGAGGGGGCUGAGGGACGUGUGGUUGGACGAAAAGACAUCACCUCUGUUCUUCGGGCCCCAGCCUACCCCCUGGAGCUUCAAGGACAUUCUGAGCCAACACCCAACCCAGCGCCUCCUGCGUGGACAGGACCAACCCCAGCCAGACACCUGCAGGAGAAUGCCCGCCAGCAGCUGGCCACCAGCUCCUUCCUGCUCUUCUUGCUGACAGGCGUCAUCUCUGUGGCCUUCCUGCUACUGCCGCUGCAGGACGAGCUUGGCAGCCAGCUGCCUCGAGUCCUGCACGUGUCCCUAGGACAGAAGCUGGUGGCAGCCUACGUCCUAGGCCUCCUCACCAUGGUGUUCCUCCGGACCUGAGCUCUCAGCUGCACCCACCCACCCUCCUUGCAGGCAGGACCUGAGGCAGCCGCUGUGACGUUUGCCCUUCUCCCAGCCGUCAGGUGUCAUCCCUCCCCCCCAGGGAUUUAUAGUCAUUUUCCAAGUUGAAUAAAAUAAGUUUUAAAAAUCAA